UGGAGAGGGUCAGCCCCCAGUUUGUCUUCGUACUAGGUACCAUGCAGACCCAACCAGAAGGAUAGAAACCAUCCAGGACCAGUCAGGUCAUCCCCAUUCAUAACAAACUCCAGAAACUUCACCAAAAGGGGUUGGGAUUGCUUUUUUCUGCACAACAAAGCCUAACAACAGGUGAGGAAAACCCCACCAGACAAUCACAAUGUUAUCACAUUCUGCCAUGGUCAAAGAGAGGAAACAACAAGCAUCAGCCAUUAUGAAGGAAAUCUACGGAAAUGAGUCAGAUGGCCUAGACCUUGGAAAGAAAAUCAGCAUCCCCAGAGACAUCAUGGUGGAGGAACUAUCAAUACCCAGCAACAGAGGUGCAAGGCUAUUUAAGAUGCGUCAAAGGAGAUCUGACAAGUACACCUAUGAAAACUAUCAUUAUUUAGCAAAUAAGCAAAGGAAUCGUAGUGAACCUAUGCAGAAUGUUAAAAUGGAAACUAGCAGUGCUGAAGCUGGCCAACAGCACGCACCAAUGACACCUCCUAAUACACCUGACCCACGGAGCCCACCAAAUCCCGAAAACAUUGCACCAGGAUAUUCUGGACCACUAAAGGAAAUUCCUCCUGAGAGGUUCAACACUACUUCUGUGCCAAAAUAUUAUCAGUCCCCCUGGAUAGAAGCCAUCAGCAAUGACCCAGAGCUGUUGGAGGCUUUAUACCCUAGACUGUUUAAGCCUGAAGCAAAGCCAGAUCUGCCUGACUACAGGAGCUUUAACAGAGUUGCCACUCCAUUUGGUGGUUUUGAGAGAGCAUCAAAGCUGGUUAAAUUCAAGGUACCAGAUUUUAAUCUACUGCUGCUAAAUGAUCCCAGGUUCAUGAUCCUCGCUAACCCUCUUUCUACCAGGAGGUCCUUCAACAGGACUCCUAAGGGAUGGACGUCUGAGAAUAUUCCCAUAGUGUUCAUCCAGCCUUCGGAUUCCAACACUGUUCCAGAAACGGAUGACCUGUGAAAAGGAAGCUGUUGUUUUAUAUUUGAUACAAAAUGCUGAAAGCUGACCAUAAAAAAUCAACGUGUAAUUAUUUUGACUUUUAAUAGAUGCUCCUUGCAACAACCUCCCUUGGUAGCUGGAGUUUAACUAAUAACUUCUGAUACAGUAUCCCUUUUCAUGAGUUUAAUUUCAUCUACAGACCUAAUAUAAAUAAAAUAAUUUGGCAACUAUUCACUGACACAUUUUUGACUUUUGUCUGUCUAUACAUUUUACUUUUUUCACUUUUAUUCUUUAAUGAAAACUUAAUGUUGUUUCAAACCUUUGCAUUGCCACAUUAAGAGCAGUUGUGAUGAGGAAAAAAUGACUCUGACAUCAUAGCAUUCCAUUUCUAUUCUGGUCCUAGCAGAUCCUCUUGAUACCAUGUCAGAUUUGUUCAAUAUACUGUCAGUACUGCCUGCUUAUCCUGGGAUUUGGAAAUGAAGCUUGGGUUCCAAUCUUGUUCCCUAUGAGGUUAAAGCUCUUCAGUGAGAGCAGGCUUAUCACUUAUGUUUUUGCUGACUCUUGUAUCACCACCAAUAGUAAAUUUAGCUAGACGCAUGUAGAAAGUAUACAGUAGAUAUAGUUAUAAGAAAGAGAGAGACUAUAGAAUGGUAUGGUGAGGUACAAAGGUUAUACCUACAUGAGUUUGAGGUGGCUCUGUUAUUCACAACUGCAAAGACCUAAAUGAGUGAAGUACUUAUGCCAAACAAGUACUAAUAAAAUGAGAUAGGUCAUUAUAUCAAAUGAGUACCCUGCUUGAGCAAUACUUCCCUAGCCCUUCAAUAGCCAUAACGUAUAUUUGCAUAAGUGGUUUUUCUUUUCUGUCCAGGUUACAGACUAGAAUUGGGGCUUACUACAGUGUGUAAGAAUUUUCUUGCAUGUUGUACAGUAGUAAGCCCCGAUGUAUUAGGAAAGUGAAGGAUUAGGCUGAACAGAAGCUGAUAUGAUCCAGAUACACACAUGAAGCAGAUAAACUAAAUAAGAAGGUGCCCUUUUUACAGUGUCUUUUUCAGAUUACAACCACAUUUUUAAUAAGACGCAAAACAUCAAAGUAAUAACUGAUUUUUCAUUAAUUUUAUCGUUUGUUUAGGAAGGAUACAACAUUUGCAUGCUAUAUUUUUAAAUACACAAUAUGGUAACAUUACAUUUUGAAUGAAGAAUGUUAGUUUGGGGGAAUAGGCUGUGAAAGCUCUCUUUUAAUGUGUGCUGAGUCCAUUCUUAAGGGGCUCAUGAUGCAUGUGACUCACGUUAACUUUCUGAUCACAAAUAUACACAUUCAUAUGCCUGUUUUUCUUGUGAAACGAGCAGAGGUGUAUAAAGUUUUACAAGAUCCACAACUACAUGCAACCCCAAACUUUAGAUCACAAUUAAACCCCACCCUACAGCUAUGGCUAAAAUGGAGAGUUUACAGCAGUACAGCUGCUCCUAUGCAGCUACUCUGCUAUAAGCUCUCCAGUGUAGCCACUCUAAGCCAACAGGAGAGAGUGCUCCCAUCAGCUUAAUCACCCUAGUCCCUGCAAGCAGAGAAGCUCUUCCGCCAACAUAGCACUGUCCACACCAGCGCUUAAGUCAGUUAUGCCUCUCAAGGGGGUGGCUAAUACACACCCCUGAGCAACAUAAGUUUUGUUGACAUAAGCUGUAGUGUAGCCAUAGCCUAUAUGACGUAACAAUGGCUAGACAAAUGAAAUGCAUCAAGACACUACUUUUUCAAAGGCAUUUCUCUAACUGAUGGUAUUGAUCCAUAAUGGCUUCAGCUAGAAAAGUGAGUGAUUCAGCAAGGAUCAGAUGUGACUGAGGUAAAGAGUCAUAGAAUAAGAAGUAAAAUGGGGAGAUCGAAAGGCUUAAGAGAGUUAAAGAGUAACCAUAGGUGAAUAGUUUUAACACUGGAAAGAGGUGAUGGAGGUACAUUUCCAAAUGAGUUGAAGCCUACCCUCCACUUUUGUGGUUGUAAUUUGUACCUGCAAAAAUUGCACAGGCAUUUGAAUUGUGGUUCAAGUCAGGUAGUUAGGGGCACAAAUUCUCUGAUUUCUCACCUGCAAUUGAUUUUGGAGCACAAGAUUGAACAUAAAUUGUACAGGUGUCAAUUGCACCUACGAAACAGAGGUUGGGCCUUAGUGCUUUUUAAAAUUUAACCCCAUCCAGCCCAGGAGUCAGUUUUAGCAUAUUUAUUGUUGUUAACAUAUAAAAUGAUAUGGGUAAUGAUACUAAAUAGGAGCUCCCCAAUUCUGCAGGUGUCACAAAAAGACUAGAGGUAAAGUAAAUAAUGAGGAGCUUUACAGCCAGAUUCAAAGGGAUCAGAAUUGUUUCAUGAUUGAGCCAGCAGAUGACAAACACAUUUCAAUGCAUCAAAUUGCAAAAAACUACUCUGUGAGCAUGGAUCAAGUCAGGGGAAUAUGAGAUAAAUAACAGAAUAAUCCAGCAUUUUAAUCAAGAAAAGGAUUUGCAGAUUAGCCUACACUACAAAUUUAUGUUGGUAUAACCAUCCACACCUCUGAGUGAUGUAUACUGACCUAACUGCCAGUGGCUUCUCCUGUUGACAUAGCUACCACCUCCCAUAGAGUUGGAGUACCUACGCUGAUGGAAGAAGCUCUCCCAUUGGCAUAGGUAGAGUCUUCACUAAGCACUACAGUGACGCAGCAGCCCCCUCCCACUCCAAAUCAUACUAUGCUAGGUCUCAAAUGUGCAAAAUGAUCCGCUUGAUCCACCUUUACUGUGCAGAGUUCCACUAAAGUACACAAACUCUGUACCUGUGUAAAGGUCCACUCAGGGAGCUUCAAUUUGCAGGAUUGGAAAUUUAGGGCCUUUCCAUUGACUUCAAUGGGUUUUGGAUUGGGCAUUUACUUUGUGAGGCACUUGCAAGAUGCCAUUGGGAUACUCCAUGCAGUUACAAUACCACUGGAAAUAUAUUAUUGUCUUUGGAUAUGUAGAGAAGGGCAAUGCUGAACAGUCUAAUUCAUGAUUCAAGAGUAAGGAUUUGGGUUUAUCCUUGCUGAUAAAAAGAUGGCCUUGACGUGACAGAAUAAAAGUUUCCAGGGACUGGCAAAGUCAAGAGAAACUUUUUUUUUU